AAACUUUUUGUAUCGUAGGAAUCAACAGCCGCCGCCAUCUUGACGCGGCUCCGAAUCGGGUUUCUGGGGGAGAAUUAAUUGUCCAAAAACCGAGCGCAGCCAGCCCCGGCGGACCACGCACGGCAUUUUCUCGGGCCAAAUGGAAGCGCGAGCUCUUGCGACGAGGAUUAAUGCAAACAUGUAAGGGCGACUGGGCAUUUUGUCGUGCCCAAAGAUCGCCGUGUAUUUGAUUUCCCUUUUAGAGAGCGGCGCUUCUCGCCGUCCGUCCAUCCCCAGACGUCGUAUUUUCCAGCGCGACAGCCACCGGAAAAAUAAACCGCCUCAAAGGAAAUAUUUUUCGAUUUUUGCUCUUUUUAUCGGAGCCGGAGGUGGAUUUUAAGCCGGCUCGUUUGGACGGCGAAAAAGAGUGACUCCGCUUGGACGCGUCGCCGGCGAAUGUCGCUGAAAUGUCCUCGCGUUGGCUUGGUGUAAUAUUUCCUGAUUGCUUUUUAUUUAUUGCUAUGGAGUGGAAAUAAUUUUGCAUGCGGUUUUUUGGGGGAAAUUAUGUGGGUGCUGGAUGUUGGAUUGUCAUGGGGUGAUCUCCGGCGGCGAAGAGGGGCGCUGUUGCCUUUCUUUUGAAACCUCUCACCGGGAAGCAUUUUGCCACUCAAGGAAAAAAAAAAAUCAAGCCAGUACCAUUGAUUCUUUUUGACUCGCUGUCAUAAAAGAAGGUUUGCAAUUAGAAUAAAAGAAGCCCGGGACCACCCCAGACUGAGCACCCAGAAUGGCUGACAAUCUGCUGGAUGUCGGACCUCCCACUGCAAAGCGACCCAAACUCAAUUCAUCGCUUUCGGCGUCGGACGGCCCAGAUCUCGUCUCCCUGUUUGACCUGGAAAAUGACCUUCCGGACGAGCUCAUCCCCAACGGAGACCUGUCUCAGAUGGGAAUGUCGUCGAAUGGCGGUGGAGGAGGCCCUGCUCUCAACUCCGUCAUCCCGGACGCCGCCGCCAAACACAAGCAACUGUCGGAGCUCCUGCGGCCGGGUAGCUCCUCCAUCUUGGCAAGUUCUCUCAAUUCCAGCAGUCCCCAACAGGGCGGCGCGGCGGGAGGCCAGCUCGGAGUCGCGCUGGGGAAAGGUCCGCUCGGGCUGGGCUCCCCCAAUUGUCGCUCUCCCCAGGGCCAAAAAGUAGCUGCCGCUAUGGGGCAAGGCAACGGAGGCGUGGCCUUCAAUCAGGCUCUGUUGAACAGCGGCCAAGGACAUGGGUUCCCGGGCCCGGCCAGGCAGGUGAUGAAUGGAACUCUGGGAGCAGCGGGUCGAGGAAGACCCGGCGUGCAGUACCAGAGCCAAGGUACGGCGGGGGCGCCGGGAGCCGGAGCGCUUGCCGAGACGCUCGCCCAAGGAGAGCCUUUGUUGGCCGGACACAACUCGUUGACUGCUCAGCAAGCGGGACGGGUCAAUAAGAUGGGGAUGUCCACAGCUCCGUUUGGCCAGCAGUACGCUCAGCAGAUCGGGCCCGUGGCUGUCAAUGCCCAACAACUCCAGAGCAAGACAGCCCUUCCCAACAGUCUACCCCAGUUUCCAUCGGAGCUAAAGGGAGCCGGUGGUGUGGCCAACAUGAUGCAGCAGCAGGUCACGUCAGCGGGGAUCUUACCCGGUGGCAUGGGUGGCGGCAUGGGUGGCGGCAGCGGCGGAGCGUCAGCUGGUCCGACAGCCGAUCCCGAGAAGCGCAAACUUAUUCAGCAACAGCUGGUUCUGCUGCUCCACGCGCACAAGUGCCAGCGGUGGGAGCAGGCCAACGGCGAGGUGAGGGCCUGCACUCUGCCCCACUGCCGCACCAUGAAGAACGUCCUCAACCACAUGACCCACUGCCAGGCGGGCAAGUCUUGCCAGGUGACCCACUGCGCGUCGUCCAGACAGAUCAUCUCCCAUUGGAAGAACUGCACGCGGCACGACUGUCCCGUCUGCCUGCCUCUGAAGAAUGCAAGUGACAAGAGAAACCAGCAACCCAUGCUAGGUUCCCCUGGGGCUAUCGGCACAACAGGGGCCACCCAGCCAAACGCCCCGCCCAUCAACAGCUCGGCAACGCACAUCGACCCCAGCUCCAUGCAGAGGGCCUACGCCGCUCUGGGGCUCCCCUAUGGCAACCAGUCUCCUGCUCAGAACCAGGGCCAGGGUCCUGCUCACCACAACCCCCAGGGGCACCAGCAGCUGCGAAAUAUCAACGUGCUCGGCUGUCAUCACAUGAAGCAAAUGGCAGCAGGCACAGGGGUCCCCUCUUUGGACCAGACUGGCUUGCACGGCGACUCCUUGCCCUCCUCACUCAACAAUCCACUGUUGCCAGACGGGUCGACGGCAGGGGGCGUGGAAAACUUGCCUGCCGCCGCCCCGCUCUCCGCUUCGGGGGUCAGGAAGGCCUGGCAUGAGCACGUCACUCAGGACCUGCGCACCCACCUGGUGCACAAACUAGUACAAGCCAUAUUCCCAACCCCAGACCCUGCAGCACUGAAGGACCGCAGAAUGGACAACCUGGUUGCGUACGCGCGCAAAGUUGAGGGCGACAUGUACGAGUCAGCCAACAGUAGGGACGAGUAUUACCACUUCCUGGCGGAGAAGAUCUACAAGAUCCAGAAGGAGCUGGAGGAGAAGCGGCGCCUGCGGAUCCAGAGGCAGCCUGGCACGGUGCCUUCAGUGACUCAGGCCACGGGCCCGCUGGGACAGCCCGUCCGACUUCCCAAUGGACCUGCGCCUAUGCCAAAUCAGAUCAUGAACCGUCUGCACGUGACUCAAGGACUCAACGCGUACAACGCGAUGCAAAACGCGCAGACGUCGCAGGCGGUCUUGGGGCCACGAGCUCCCUCGCCCAUGAAGCAUCCCUCGCAGCUGAACGUGAACUCCAUCCCGGCAAUGGCCAUGUCCCCUUCCAGAACAGCACAGAAUCCUGGAAUGAUAGCUAAUCACGCAGGCAACAUGCUUCCUCAGCCAGCCAACCAGACUCAGUUCUUGCCACAGGCACAGUUUGCCGCCGCCGGAGCCAUGAAUGUGAACGUUGGUGUGGGUCAGCCAGCAACGCAACCGGGUACACAGCGCCAGAACUCCAGCCUGCCUCUGAAUGGGCCGGGCACGCUGGGCACCCUGGUGCCCCAGGUGCCGGGCACGCCUCCGCCCAACUCUUGCGCCAGCCUCCCAAUGCAACAACAUCACCCGCCCUUUCAGGCCCCGCUGCCGCAGCAAUCCUCCACUCCCGGCUCGACGGGGGGACCAGCCUCCAAUCCAGGCCACCUCGCCGGCGGCCACCCGGGUCCACCGUCUGUCAUCGGUACGCCGCCCGAGCCUUCCCAGCCGCUCACGCCACUACGGCCGCAGCCCGAGCCCCCCAGCCAAACGCACCAGCCAACAUUGAUGCGGGCGCAGUAUCCUGGCACACCGAUGUCACAGGCCGCUGCCAGCGCCAACAGCAGAGCGCCCACCCCGGCCUCUGUGGCCGAGGUCGACUCACAACAGAACCUGCCAGACGUGACCGCCAAUUCGGAAGCGAAAGAUGAUGAUGAAGAUGAUGAAGAUGACAGUCAUUCGGGGGGCAAGCCAACUGGAAUCAAAGUGGAGCAAGCUGAUGAAGCCAAGCCCUCUCUGGUGAAGAAGGAGCCGGAUGCAGCUGAGCCAAAGCAGGAACCGAUGGACACCGAAGAAAACAAGCCAGCGGUGAAGACGAAACCCAUAGAAGAGGCGGAAAAUGGGGGCAAUGCCGCCGCUAUUCAGAGCCGCAAAAAAAUUUUCAGGCCCGAAGAGCUCAGACAAGCUCUAAUGCCGACGCUCGAGGCCCUCUACAGGCAAGACCCUGAGUCUCUGCCUUUCAGACAGCCCGUGGACCCCCUGCUGCUCGACAUUCCGGACUAUUUUGACAUUGUGAAGAACCCCAUCGACCUGUCUACCAUCAAGCGCAAACUGGACACGGGCCAGUACCAGGAGCCGUGGCAGUACGUGGACGACGUGUGGCUCAUGUUCAGCAACGCCUGGCUGUACAACCGCAAGACUUCACGCGUUUACAAAAACUGCAGCAAGCUGGCCGAGGUCUUUGAAAUGGAGAUCGAGCCCGUCAUGAAGUCGCUAGGCUACUGCUGCAGCCGCAAGUACGAGUUCUCCCCGCAAACGCUGUGCUGCUACGGCAAACAACUGUGCACCAUCUCAAGGGACGGCGUCUACUACAGCUAUCAGAACAGGUAUCACUUCUGUGAGAAGUGCUUCAAUGAGAUCCAGGGCAACAGUGUGACGCUGGGGGACGACCCGGCCCAGUCGCAGACCAUGAUAUCCAAAGAGCAGUUUGAGAAGAAGAAAAAUGACAUGUUGGACUCUGAACCGUUUGUUGAAUGUCAAGAUUGCGGACGCAAGAUGCAUCAGAUCUGCGUACUGCAUUACGAGGUCAUUUGGCCGUCUGGUUUCAUCUGUGACCACUGUUUGAAGAGGUCUGGCAAAACAAAAAAGGAGAACAAGUUUUCAGCUAAAAGGUUGCAGUCAACGAGGUUGGGUACGUACAUCGAGGACCGGGUCAAUAAGUACUUGAAAAGGCAGAACCACCCAGAGGCCGGCGAAGUGUUUGUGCGAGUGGUGGCCAGCUCUGACAAAAGUGUGGAGGUGAAGCCCGGAAUGAAAUCCAGGUUUGUGGACUCGGGCGAGAUGGUGGAGAGCUUCCCUUACAGAACCAAAGCGCUUUUUGCAUUUGAAGAAAUUGACGGCGUGGACGUUUGUUUCUUUGGUAUGCACGUCCAGGAAUAUGGCUCGGAUUGCCCUUUUCCAAAUACCAGGCGGGUUUAUAUAUCGUACCUGGACAGUAUUCACUUCUUCAAACCACGCAUGCUCAGGACUGCCGUUUACCACGAGAUCCUCAUCGGAUACCUGGAGUAUGUCAAGAAACUGGGGUAUGUGAUGGGUCACAUCUGGGCCUGCCCACCCAGCGAAGGAGACGACUACAUUUUCCACUGCCACCCUCCCGACCAGAAGAUCCCCAAGCCCAAGAGGCUGCAAGAGUGGUACAAGAAGAUGCUGGAGAAGGCUUUUGCCGAGAGAAUCCUCCAUGAUUUCAAGGACAUUUUCAAGCAAGCUACAGAAGAUAGGCUGACCAGCGCCAACGAGCUGCCGUACUUCGAGGGCGACUUUUGGCCCAACGUGCUAGAGGAGAGCAUCAAAGAAUUGGAGCAGGAGGAGGAGGAGAGGAAGAAGGAGGAGAACACGGUCUCCUGUGAGACACCAGAGGGAUCCAACGCCGACAGUAAGAAUGCUAAGAAGAAGAACAACAAGAAAACCAACAAAAAUAAGAGCAGCGUCAGCCGAGCCAACAAGAAGAAGCCCGGGAUGCCGAAUGUGGCCAACGAUCUGUCCCAAAAGCUCUAUGCCACCAUGGAGAAGCACAAAGAGGUGUUUUUUGUCAUCCACCUUCACUCUGGGCCUGUCAUCAACACGUUGCCUCCCAUCAUGGACCCCGACCCUCUGUUGGCAUGCGACCUGAUGGACGGCCGCGAUUCCUUCCUGACCUUGGCCCGAGACAAGCACUGGGAGUUCAGCUCUUUGCGGCGGUGCAAGUGGAGCACCAUGUGCAUGCUGGUGGAGCUGCACAACCAGGGCCAGGACCGCUUUGUGUACACCUGCAACGAAUGCAAGCGCCACGUGGAGACUCGCUGGCACUGCACCGUCUGUGAGGACUACGACCUAUGUGCUAACUGCUACAAGACAAAGGGCCAUGAACACCAGAUGGUGAAGUGGGGAUUGGACUUGGAUGACGACAGCAACUCCCAGGGCGCAGAGUCCUCCAAGAGCCCCCAGGAAAGCCGACGUCUCAGCAUCCAGCGCUGCAUUCAGUCCCUGGUCCACGCCUGCCAGUGCCGCAACGCCAACUGCUCCCUGCCGUCCUGUCAGAAGAUGAAGCGGGUGGUUCAGCACACCAAAGGCUGCAAGCGCAAGACCAACGGUGGCUGCCCCGUCUGCAAGCAGCUCAUCGCCCUGUGCUGCUACCACGCCAAACACUGUCAGGAGAAUAAGUGCCCCGUGCCCUUCUGCCUCAACAUCAAGCAUAAACUCCGUCAGCAGCAAAUCCAGCACCGCCUCCAGCAGGCUCAGCUGAUGCGCCGCCGAAUGGCCACCAUGGCCGGAAGGGGCGCACCAGUGCCGUCCCCGCCUCCCUCCGCUCCUGGCACGCCCAGCUCUGUGCAGCAGCCUCACACGCCACAGACGCCGCAGCAGCCGCCGCCGCAGCCGCCGCCGCAGCAGCCGCCGCCGCAGCAGCCGCCGCAGCAGACGCCGCAGCAGCCGCCGCAGCAGACGCCCCCCAACGCGGUUCAAGGCUUCCCCAACAACGGCCGCGGCAGCAGCCAAACCCCGACGCCUGUCCCGCAGGGCAAACAGGGCCCCCAGUCGUCCCCACUCCACCAGCAGCAGUCACCUCUGCCCAGCUUGCCGCAGCAACCUCAGCCACAGAUGCUGCCGCAGCUGCAACAGCAGCAGCAACAGCAGCUGACGGCCUUGAAAGUGGCCCAACAGAUGGAGAUGGCAGAGAUGGCCACCAAGGCAAAGCAACAGCAGCAACAAAGUUACGCCAUGAACGGGAUGCCCAUGAACCACCCACGCAUGAUGGGACCCAUGCAGGGGAUGCAGAUGAUGCGAGGCCCGCCCCAACGGAUGCAGACUAUGCAGCAGAGCCAGUGGGGUCCCGGAAUGCAGAAAGCUCCUGGCCAGCUGCAACAAGGCAUCGUGGCCCCCCAGCAGGCUCAGGGAGCCACCAUGGUGCAGCAAGGUCAGCUCAUGCAUAGAGCCAUGAUGACCCAGCCGCAGGGGCUUCAAAUGCAGCAGGGCAUGACGACUACGCCGCAGCAGCAGCCGCAGCAGCAGCCGCAGCAGAACGUACCACGAGGGAUGCCCAGUAACAUUGCGCCCAACGCUUUGCAGGAGCUACUGCGAACUCUCAAGUCUCCCAGCUCGCCGCAGCAGCAGCAGCAGGUCCUGAACAUCCUCAAGUCCAACCCGCAGCUUAUGGCCGCCUUCAUCAAGCAGCGGACAGCCAAGUACCAAGCCAGCCAGCCAUCGCAGCCACAGCAGCAGCAGAACCCCCAAAGCAUGGCGGCCAUGCAGGCCAUGAUACAGGUGCAGAGGCCCGGGACCCUGCCUCAGCAGCAGCAGCCUACGCAACAGGUGGCUCUGGCCCCCAUGGGACCCCAAGGCCAGAUAAUCAAUGUGGCUCAGAAUGGGAACCCUCAGCUUUACCGCAGACAGCAGUUGUUGCGGAUGCAACAGCAUCAGGCAGGCAUGCCUCAGACGCACGCUCAGUACCAGCAGCAGCAGCCACCGGCGGCGGCAAGUUACUCGCAGCUCCGCUUGCAGCAGCAUCAAAUGGCUAUGCAAGGAGGUGUCAAGCCGAUGGGCCAGCUCCCUCCCUCGUCCCAAAUGUCCAUGGACGGAGCCCAGAAACUCCUUCAGCAGCGCAUGCUCCAGCAGCAGCAGAUGAUGAAGCAGCAGAUGGGAUCGCCGGCGCAGGCCAUGAGCCCCCAGCCACACAUGCUUCAAGGCCAGGCGAUAGCGGCGGCAGCUCACCUGCCCGGUGCCCCAGUUAUGGGCAACCCUUUGAGCAGCCAGGUGCGCUCGCCGGCCCCGGUCCAGUCUCCUCGGCCGCCCUUGCAGCAGCCCCAGCAUUCCAGUCCUUCCCCGCGGAUACAUCCGCAGCCUUCGCCCCAGCAUGGCGCCCUUCUCUCCAGCUCCCCUCAUCCCAUCAUCGGGGGCCCCAUGGAGCAGGGACAUAUGGGGACGCAGGAGCAGAGCGCCAUGCUGCCGCAGCUUAACACACCCAACCGAGGGGGCUUGAGUACUGACAUUGGCAUGGUGGGGGACACCACGGGAGACACGCUGGAAAGAUUUGUUGAAGGAUUGUAGCAGAAAGUUGGGAAACUCGAGUUACAUGUUUUGUGACCUUUCGGCGUUUUGUUCCAACACCGGGCCAUUUUCUCCGUCACUGCUGCAAAGGACGUAUUUUGGGUUCAGAGCAGCCAUGCAAGAAUCGAUGCUGUGGUCUUUGUAUUGUUAAAAGUUUAUUUUCAUUUGUUUAUGCUCUAUUUUUUUUAACAAAGCCUCAAAACAAAAAUCCCCUCCCUUUAUAUUUUUCAUUUCAAUCCAUUUUGUACCUUUGCAAAUAAUUAUUGUGUUUGUGUUGAGUAAGGCUGCAAAGUUAAUGUGGGAUUUUUUUUCCUUUUUUUUUUUGUCUGUCAGGUUUCACUUCUCAGUUCCAGACUAAUUUAUUCUAAGAUGCCAUUUUUCAAUAAGGACUGCCUUUUGGGAAAGCCUUAAUUUUCUUCCUGCUUACAGAUCCUAUGGAGGAUUACCGUGUUGGUAUAGAUUUAGGAACUAUUGCACAGCGACAAACACAACAGGCAGGUGUUCAAAAGCCAGAAUUUUUUUUUCUACUCGCCUUGGCUCAGUAUUUGUCUUGCAUAUGUGCAAAUAAUCACUUUGUCUCUUUUUCAGUCCUAAUGAUUUCUCUGAGUCCUGCUCUUCUUUUGCCUGUGGUGAGAAAUGAACAUGUUGAAACUGCUGAUUUGUGUUCAGAGUUCUGUGCAUCAUUUUCUAUCUUCCAUUAAACUUGAAUCCACGAUGACCUGUCUAAUGUAAAUCAGGCAGCUCGACAGCACUGUAAAUAUGCAGAUAAUGAGAAGAGAUCACUGUACAAACCAGUUCAGGAUGGCUCAUUUCCUACUUAUAUACCAUAUUGUUUAAUAAACCUGUGAGCCACAGA